AUGCCCGAGGUCAACAGCACUCCUUGUGGGACCUUGGUCCUGAGUAAACUUGAAUUGGAAGGCUCUGGUAUAGGAGGACGAUCUCGUUUAGAACACAACGUGAGAGGCAUCUCGGCUGAGUUGUUCGAGUCGAGCGCCGUCACGCCGAAGACAGCGGAGUCGGGCCUGCGGACUUUCCCUGCUAUAAAGACGUCCUCACCGUCGGAGGGUGUCCUCAAAGAGCUCGAAUUGGAGAUGCUUAGAGCGGUCAGGGCUGAUGACGCUCUACGUGUUAGGAAAAUACUGGCUGGUAGAGCGUGA